AAAAUAAUUAGUCCGUGAAGGAAGUGGCACACUGAAAGAGACUGUUAGCUUUUAGUUUUCUAUUUAAUGCGUACAUGGUUGCAUGAUUCAGUUUCAUUGACAUUUAUGUGAGUAUAUUUCAGGGGAAAAAACAUUCACUGGCAUUUCUACUGUUCUCUGUGGGUCGUCAAAUGUUUAUUGUGCCACCAUGUGAUCCCAUGUCAUUGAAAAACUAGCCUACAAAGCAACUCCUCCUAACUUGCCAUUCAGAACAGCACAUGUAGCUUCUGUUGUAGAAGUUAAAUUUCCGCACUUGCUUCGUUUUGUUGAGCGUGCACGUGCCAACGUAGGAGCAUUGCUUCUCGGAUAAUAAUAAAUGCAUUUUGGCCCACAGUUGGCAGUCAUUGUCGCCAGGCCGGCUAGCAGGCUAGCAUGAAGGUCUAAGGCCCAUGCGGGGCAUUGACAGUCUUUGGCUUCAAAUGUCCUUUACCCCUGCAUCGAUUACAGAUUCCCCGUCGUUGGUGCAGUUGGGUAUAGUUAACGACUAUGUAUCACACAGCUUUAUGUUGUGGCCCAGUACGUCUGUAAUUCGGGGAUAUGAAACUCUGAAGUGGCUUUAAUAAUGUAGCCACCUACCAACAUAGUCUAAAAAUAAUACAGUGGAGGGAACGUGCCAUUAGCUUAUAUUUUUUCAUGUUUAGCUAGCGUUAAUUUUCAUAAACAUCAAAGCCACUGUGGUUGCUAGGUAGCUAACUUCAUGCUUUGUAUCCUGCACUGCGGCCUCCUUAAACAGCCAUGCUGUAUUUCGUGUUUGCAUUAGGUCACAGCCAUCUCUGCUACACGGUUUCAUCCCAGACGGUGCCAAACUCCCCUAUAUGCAUUUGUUAUAUGGGAUUUGACAUCUUACUGGCUGCAGGUUGUUCAGUUUAGUACGGGGCACAACUUCGUUGUUGGAUAUUUUGUAGAAUCUGAAAAAUUCGGCAUUAAAAAGGACCUGUCAGCGUAUCGUAAGCUAAAGUUGUUAUAAAUUGCUGCCUGCGAGUCUAAGCAUAUAUUUUUGCGCUUCUUUCGAAGGUUGUUUAGGUUUUAGUUGGCUAAUGCAAAGAACUGAGAGGGAUAACCUUAUAAAGACAAAAUGAAUCGCUUGAGUCACAAGUGAAAGUGGUAUUUUGGUAUCACAACGAAUUAAUUUUUCCUUACCAUAUAGUCAUGUAACGUUAAACUUCGAGAAUUAUAUAUGAAGGUUCACAUUGUGGCCUUUGUACUUCCUAGCUAGCUAAUUGUGUUAGCCGGUGUUUGACGAUGGCGUGAAUGACCACACGCCACGCUUUUGUUUUGAUUUUAUUAUUAUUAUUAUUUUUUGUGGGACAGAAAGCAUCACCACUAUCAUUAUUGGGAACUACACAAUGUCCCGCAGUUGUAGUAUUAAGACAUAGCUAGCUGAACGCUUUUAGCAUUUAUUGAGUCGUUGCUGAAAGACAGCUGGGGUGUUGAGGCGCACCUUCUGUACACCACUGGGGCUUUGGUCACAUGUAAACUGGACUCGUAUGUGUCUGUAGCAACGAUCAACGCCACCUAAGUUUAAAGUUGUUGGUAGCAGCAUGGCUCCUGUAUGGUCUUGACUUUUGGCCACAGGGCAUGCAAGACUUGACAGCCUACUGUAUUAAUAUCCCGAUCUGUCUGUAAUUCGCUUUGUAACUCACGUUUGUUUACAUAAAAUAAUUUGGUUUUCAUUUAUGUAAAAACUGUCAUGUUCAUUGUUAAUUUUUCUUAGUGAUGACAGUGAGUCCCAAGGUUCAUUUAACAGGCAUGAUGAUGAUUAAAGGGAUAUUGGAAAAUGUAUGACAUGAAGAAUAAAGUUUAAACGCAAACAGGUGGGAAUUAAGUGACACUGAACUUGUUGGCAUGAAGGUCUUUUGAGGCUACAUAAGAAUUUUACACCAGUCUGUCUGUGCUGGCAUGAUGUAAGGGUUAUAACAUGUAAAAUAGUUUUAUCAUUCCUAUUUGAACAGCCAAGGUCACAGUAAGAGGCGAUUUUACAGUUUAUAGACAGUCUUGACUAUAAGGCCAAGAAAGGAACCAAUAAAGACUUGUCUGACCUGUAAGGACAGCUCUUCAUUUGACAGCUUGUUGCUUCCGUUGUGACCUUUAUAUGAUCUUGAAUGUUACUCCUGGGACCUGCUGGAACCGCUCGCCCAGUUUGGGAGUCACUGCUGUGUAGCUGCUAGUGUCUUGAGGAAAUGCCACUGAGGUUUCGCUCUGUUGUACCCUAUACACUGCCCGGAGUACUCGCACUGAUUGGAUGGUGGUGGUACAUCUCACGAAAGAGAGAGCGGCUCAUCAACCAUGACAGGACUGAGGGAACUCCAACCACUACGGACCUUAAAACAUCUUCAGCAGAUGGUAGCAAUGGUUUGGUGGAGAAAGACACUGUAUCCCCCACAAAUGACACAGACGGCCCCAUUCACAGACCUCCAAAUGCCAGUAACCAGAGAACACAACAUGAAAACAUUUCACAGAUCCAUUUCCAGCACACUGAAGCAUCACCGUCACUGGCACAAAGUUCUGAAAAGUUUUCAUGUAAUUCUGAGAGAAUGAAACAAGGAGUCCAUAGGCCUCCACAGUCAGCACUGCCAUCACUUGAUAAAGAUGACAGCUUACAGGUAUCAUCAAAAGACCGUAAAGACCCAGAGAGGAGCUUGUCACUUGCCUUGGGAACAGAGCUCAACCUAGUGAAAGAUCCAGUAUCUGAUCUAGAAAGAGCCACAUUUUCCUAUCAGUCUACCAAAGUCACCAGCUCCUUUCCCACAACAUCGCUGCUUUCUGGUGCAGAGAGACCAGACCCAGAGGGGGAAGUUGCAAAGAACCACAGCACUAAUAAUACACAAGAUGAAAUGAUUGGUUGGGAUGAGCAUGCAUCCAAUGUAGAGAGGGUGGACCCAUCAGAAGCAGACUCUUUGGAUACACCUCCACCAGUGCCGGAUUUUCACCAACACAUUCUGUCCAGCACACCAACUGACCCAGUCCUGCUCUCUACAUCCCUAAGUAUUGUCCAGAACACAACAGCAGUAACACCAGAGGACAUAUUGGUACACGGUAGCCCUGGAGAGGAGCAUGAUCUUGAGGAUCUUGCUGCUCGACUUAUAACUAAGGUCAUCUCAGCUGCCACCCAGGAAGUCCUUAGUGUCACAAGUUGCCAGGUUGUGGACAAAAGUCUGCCUAGCUGCAGUAGUGGUGGACUAUACCCAGAGCUCGAGCCAAUCAUAGCAACACAGAAACACCAUCAUCUCUCGACAAGCCCUUCUCAGGUAGGCUGUGAUUGUAGAGAGGCAACAGAAAAAGAAGCGCAAGCAGUGCCUAAUGGCUGCUCCUCAUCUCCAGUAUGGAAAUCUGUUGAUGUCAGUCACAUAAAUCAUCAGAAAAAUGCUGUUCACAGCAGCCACUGGUCAACACAGCUGCCCCAAGAAGCACAAACCUCACCUGUGUUGAACAUUAAACUAAAAGGUGACGAGGCUGCUCCGCUGGCCGAGGACUCAGCCUGCAGCACCUGCCACUCUGAGGAUGGCAUUAGCAGCGAGGAUCUUCAAAGCAGCUUGUUUGACAACCAAAGUGAUGUGAUCCAGCUUACAGACCUCUCUGCAGGAGAAGCGGCACAGGGACAGGUGCAGGCUGAGAGUUUGACAGAGGGCUUAGUUUUGUCUGCAACUGAAGAAGACUCUUUGGAUGCAGCGUGUGAGAUAAAGGGGCUAAAUGCAGUAGGUGUAAGGAAUGGAGCUCAUGGGACAUGUGAAGUAGAGACGGAUCAAUCUGGAGGUUCUGAUGUAAACAGUAUGGACUCUGUGGAUAGCGGAUGCACUAUGGGUGCCCUAGAGAGUAAGGGCAACCAUGCUGCCUCAAGCACUGGGCUGAUCAUCUGGGAGAUUGAGGUACCAAAG